CAAGGUUGUGUCGCUGGUUGUGUCAAAUGUCUCGAGCUUACCGACGAGGGCCCGCCACAGAAACAAUCGCUCAAAUUAUGUGAUCGAAUCUCGAAGAGCUUUCCCAGCGUCACGGAACGGUAUUUCAAGCCACGAUUUCAUCUUGAUGCAAACAAAAAGGAAGGGCAUGAUCAGUGUGCAUUGUUCCAUUCAAACAGAAUUGUGCUUGUCACAUUGGCUCCAUCUCACCCUAUUAUUAGAGAAAAGAAGACAGUCGUAAAAGUUGAUUACCAAGUAAAUGAGAAAUUAAAUCGGCUCAACAAUCAAGUGUCUGGGAAGUGGAAGAAGGGUGGUCAAAAACUACAGAAGGAAUCACCAUUAUGCAUUGUUACCUGCUCAGAUGGUGAGAUCUAUACAGUUAUAAGCACAGUUCCUGGCAGUCUAAUAGAGGUUAAUGACCAUCUCUCCACUUCACCCGAUCUUCUUACUAAAAAGCCGUGGUCAUCUGGCUACAUUGCCAUCGUUCUGCCUCCUCUGAAGAUGGACACUAUGCUUCUGGACACUAUGAUGUCACCCGAAGCUUAUGUGGCAGCCAGGAGGGAGUUGAUACCGACAUGCUACAUCUCAGAUGAAGAAAUGUUUGUGCAUCAACGAUUGCCUCUUAUUAUGGAGGAUAGCUAAAUGUGUAAAGCCUUGCUCUCAUUUGUGUAAUUAAGUUUCAUCACCUUGUGCAUUGGUGAUAAACUUGACUGUAGUACACAUAUUAGAGGAAAUAAAAUGUUGUUCCCUUUGC